AAAAUCAACCGGAGGAGGAAACAUUCACAGAGGAGAAAAGAGUAACCCUUACCAACCCAUCAAGAUCGCUUUUAACCGGGAUCAUAGAUUGAACCUGGGAGAUCUAUCUAAACCAUAUCACACUGAUUUGCAUAUCCAUUCCUCCUACCUCCUUCAUUUGCCUUUCCCUCACUGAGAAUGGCAAGCGGGCAUCCCACUGACAAAUUCAGUUUUCUGUACCCAACAGACACCAGUCAGAACAUUAAGAGUAAGAACAGGCUGUCUUCCACAAUGAACCCGGUGUACAGUCCAGUGCAGCCGGGAACCCCGUAUGGAAACCACAAAAAUAUGGCAUACACAGGAUAUCCAGCUGGUUAUCCAACAACUGCCCCGACUUACACAGCCAACCUCUAUCAGACAGGCAGUCCAGGAUACCCACCAGUGCUGCUGGUGAAGCAAGCCUGGCCCCAGACGGCAUCAGCUCCGGGGCCCGGAGAAGGCUCCUAUGACCUGGCAGUGGACGCAGGCUCAGAAAGCAGGCAGUACCAAGCCUCAUCGACGGCAUUCAGAUAUACUGCAGGAACGCCUUAUAAAGUGCCACCCACUCAGACCAAUGGAGCCCCUCCACCCUACUCCCCAUCCCCUAACCCGUAUCAGACGGCCAUGUACCCCAUUAGAAGUGCCUACCCACAGCAGAACCUCUAUGCUCAGGGUGCUUACUACACACAGCCGGUGUAUGCUGCCCAGCCUCAUGUAAUUCACCACACCACCGUGGUUCAGCCCAACAGCAUCCCUUCUGCCAUCUACCCGGCUCCUGUACCCGCACCACGCUCCAACGGCAUGGCCAUGGGCAUGGUGGCCGGAACAACGAUGGCCAUGUCUGCUGGGACUUUGCUGACUACCCCUCAGCACACUCAAAUUGGAGGACACCCAGUCACCGUGCCAACAUACCGACCACAAGGAACACCUGGGUACAGCUAUGUGCCACCUCACUGGUAGAGCCCACCUGCCAAUCAUAUCUGGAGUCAAACAUUGUAUGCAACUACUCAAGUCUUACAUCGGCGCUCUGUACGCAACAGAGACGCGCCACAUCUGUUUGCAAGAACAAAAGAGAAAAAGUGCAAGGGUCACUUUAUGCAUUCUUACGUGUUUUGGUAAAAGCUGCUUUUUUAUCUUUUAUUUAAUUUUUCUGUAUUCUUCUCAUUUUUGGGGGGAUGAUGUUUUGCAUUAGGUUAUUUUAAUUCUCAUUGUUCCAUAGUUACUUCUGUACAAACUCCAGAAUGAUUUUCGACCAAUCACGCCUCUUCAAACGAUCUGUCUUUUGUGUUCAGUAUAAACGCUGGUGUGUAGGAAUGUACCGAUGCAAUAUCAGCACCCCUAUGGAUCAUAAUCAUCCAAUUAUGCUGCCAAAUUUUAUAACCUUUAGAUAUUAGCACAGGGUUUUAUUUUUCUUCUUCUUCUUUGGUUGUUUGUUUAUUUACAGUGGAUUUAGAUUUUUGGCCUUCCCAGUUUCUGCACAGAAAGUUUUUUUAUUUCUUUUUUUUUUAAGGACAUUGAAUUUCAUCAGUUUUCCCUAAUUUCAUUAAUCUUCUAUCAUUGAUAACAAGGGUGUCUUCCAGCUUGUAGCUGUUCAUGUAGAAUUGUAAGGAAUAUAUCAUUCGUAGGGCCGUGCAAACGUGGUUUAACCUUCAUUAGAAUAUCAAGUACAUACAGUAAUCUUAGUUAUUCACUAAAUAGAGAAAGUUUGCGUGAGCCAGUUACUUUAUAAGCUUAUGUGUCAAGCGUAAGCUUCUAAACUAUAAUGUGUAUAUUCGAUUUAUAUAAAUGUGCGCAUGGGUGCUCUCGCAGUGAACGUGGCGAUGCGGGAGCAUGCGUUGAUGGCGAAUUGCGCGAACACACGGUUUGUGGCGUGUGGCACUUAGCUGGGGCCUCUGGGUGUGAUGUCAUACCAGUGGCAUUAAACCUAAUUAAAAUAUGUGCCAACUUUGAGGCCAGACAGGAUGGAUGCUACUCUAAAGGAAUGAUUAGGAUCACAUCCAGGAUUUAAAGGGAUUUUAUCGCAAAGAAGACAGCACUAAAAGCAGUAGAACGUUACAAACGAUUGCUUAGUAGUUCACCCAAAAACGAAAAUUCUGUCAUUAUUUAUUUACUCACCUUCAUGUCGCUCCAAACCUGUAUGACUUCCUUUCUUUUGUGUAACACAAAGGUGAAGUUUAACAGAAAAACUUCUUUUGUGUUACAAGGAAGAACGAAAGUCAUAGGUUUUGACACGAGGAUGAGGAAAUGAUGCCAUAAUUGUCAUUUUUGGGUGAACUACUCAUUUAAUCUACAAUCUGCUCCAGGUUUAGAGUGGGUCUAAUCUAACCCCUGGUCCUCUGUGAAUUCUUGGGCCUAUAGGCCUGUAGUUGCACAGAUUUUAGGCAUAGAAAUGGAGUUGUUCAAUGCAAUAAUCAGAAUGGCCUGCUUGAAUGGCUUUUAAUUGUAAUUUACAGCAUUUUAGGGAGAGAAGAGAGAGAAUUUGAUUUCCUUUCCCAAGGGCCUCGUCUGUAUCCAUGACUAGUGUACUCAGAAGUGACAUAUCAAGUAUUCUAUGAAAUGUUAUCAUACUGAAGCAUUGCACAUUGACAAAUAGACAACUUAAUAACCAAUUAUACGGUACACUCUCAUAUUUAAUGAUGUAAUUAAGAAAAUCAAGCAUUUACUCUACAAACCAUUAGUCUUGAUAAUGUCUCUGGAAGUAAUAUUAUUGUCCGUACAAAACAGUAUUACUGUUUUUUUUAUUUUUUAUUUUUAAGUUUGUUGGCUAAUCAACCACUAUUUCGAUAUAGUUAGCUCAAAGCGGGGAGAACUGAUUCUCUGAUCUUAUGUGAAAGUUAUAACGUCUUGUAAUGCAUGUGUCAUGCGGGUGAAUGCAGUAUAGUGUAAUCAGAUGGAAACUAUGCCCAUAUGCAUGGUUGCAUCAUGUUAAAUUGCAGCUUAUGGAUUGCUUUAAAAUGCAUUACAUUGAAACACAUUUCCUUCGAUGUUCAAUUUAAGUAAAGGGAAAGAGUAAGGGCAUAGAGGAAAAAUGCACUUUGCAUAAAGAAAAUAUUACAGUAAAACAAAAUUACAGUAAUGCAAUAAUAAUAAAAUUAAAAAAACAGCAUAAAUUAAAGGCAGUGCAAGAAGUAAAUUUUUCUUCCUUUUUUAUUUUUAUUUUUAAAUUUUUUUUUUAAUUCUGCAAAUAAGGCAACAAAAAUUAAGUGUUCUAAAACAGGCUUCAUUGUCAUUAAGCAAUAUAUGAUUUCUUUUUUCUUUCUUUUGAUUUUUGGGGUGAUGUUCUUGACAAGUUUCGUAAAAUUCGCCUGCCCCUUCAGUAUGAGCAAAUCUGUUUGGCCAAAGCCAGUAUGAAUUAAAAAGCCUUUCUUUAUAUGUAAUAUUUUGACCUGGUUAAUUAAAUUGUUUAUUCAAAGGCCCAAUUGCACAUCAGUGUAGCUUACUAGUUACAUUUUGAUUUAUCAACUGCAAUAUGCAUAAUAUCAAGGCAUAAUUCAGAUUAGUCAUAAUUAGUCAUUAGGUCGUUUUCUCAUUUUCCCUAUGCCCUACUCUUUCCUUUUAUACUUUUAAACAGUAUUAUAGAUAACAGUGAACAUAUAUUUUCUGUAUGUUUGCAACAAAUCAUUUUGCAUUGCAAGACUUGAUUGAUGCGAUUGAUCACUGUAGUCGACAUAAUGAAACAUUCUCUGGUCUGAAACAAAAACAGACCGAUAUCCGACCUCGAAACUCUAGGAUUAGAGUCAUCGCAGAUGAUUUAAUAAAAGGUUGAUCCCGAUUGAAAGCAAGUUACCAUCCACUCUGACAUGUAAUUUAGGCGCUUUUUCCGUAAGUGUUAUUUAAAGUUUUAAUUAAUGAUUGAUAUUCAUUUUUCUUAAAUAGAAGAUCUUUAUAGUUGAUCUGGAGUGGAGUGAUACAGUCCAUGUGGUUGCGAGGCAUUUCAGAGCACAAGUCUUCAAAGGGUUUCCUCUUCCUGUUCAUUUAUUUCCUCAGUCGUCUUUCACUUCCACUUUUCAUUGAAAAGUAAAGGGGGACAGAGUUCGGCAGUCUGCGGCGAAGAAUAAAAUAGUUAAAAUGGCAAAUUAGACAAAAUUGUUGCAGUUGCUGAUGUGAAAAACAUUUCAACACGUGGUCAUCAUAGUUUUGUUCACCUAAAAAUUUAAAUUCUGCCAUAAUUUACUCACCCUCUUGUUGUUCCAAAACGCAAAAGUAGAUAUUUUGCAGAAUGUUCAAACUGCUUUUUCCAUACAAUGUAAGUGAAUGGGAAAGUACACAAAAGCACAUUAAAAGUAGUCAAUAUAACUUGUUACGUGUUUCAUAACCAAUCUUUAGGCGCAAAAUUGUAAUACAAGUAUGAAUUACUUUUGAGAGCUACAGUAACUUAAAUUGCAGCUAUCGUAUGGUUUCAGAAAACUUGGAAUAUAGUGCACAUAUAGUAUGGACUACUUUUUUUGUCACUUUUUGAGUUCAACAGCAUUCGUCCCCAUCCACUUUUAUUAUCUGGAAAAGAUUCUGCUAAACUUCUCCUUUUGUGUUCCACGGAAGAAAAAAAAACAUAUGGAUUUGGAACAAGUAAAUGAUGAUUGAUUUUUCAUUUUGGGAUAAACUAAUUCUUUAAUCCUAAAUGGUUGUUUCAGAAAGCUGUUUUUUUUUUUAUUAUUAUUAUUAUUUUUUUCAUUAUCAAUAAUCCAAUAUGUUUAUGCUCACCACAAAUUUCAGUGGGGGCUUUUGUUGUCUAUCUCCAUCUUAAAAUAGAUUGAUCGGUUUUAUUUGAUAUCAGGUGGUCUAUUAGGAAUCAGUAGUAAACAGAGUUAA